UCUUACAGCUUCCGGCUCCCUGCUCCAUCCUCUUCCGGAUUCCCUAGCGUGACCGACGUUUCGUGUCUAUUUAGACUUAAAAAAUGCGUUACGUGGCCGCUUACCUCCUCGCUGCUCUCGGUGGAAACACCAGCCCCGGUGCAAAGGACAUCAAAGACAUCUUGGGUAGUGUGGGGAUUGAGGCCGAUGACGAACGCUUAAAUAAGGUCAUCAAUGAACUGAAUGGCAAAGACAUCAAUGAAGUCAUGAACUCAGGCCUCUCCAAGUUGGCCUCUGUGCCAGCAGGUGGCGCUGUGGCAGCGCCUGCCGCUGGUGCUGGUGCUGGCGCUGCCGCAGCUGGGGCUGCACCUGCUGCCGCGGAAGAGAAAAAGGAAGAGAAGAAAGAGGAAUCUGAAGAGUCAGACGAAGAUAUGGGCUUUGGUCUCUUUGAUUAAUCUGCCUUCUCUGGGUUUAAAAAGCAAUAAAAAUGUAAAAGGUUUACACAGAA